AUGUCCACCACUAAUCCUUUAGCCGAGAGCGUUAAGAAGUGGAAACGAGCAGAUGUUCUUAAAUAUUUAAAGUCUAAACAAGAGGAGAUGGAUCUUGACGACGAGGACAUAAGUAUAAUUGAGAAAAAUAAGGUUGCCGGCCGAGUUUUCAUUUCUUUGACAGAAGAUAAACUUAUAGCCUCUCCAUAUAAUCUUCUUGGUGGACCAGCCGGAGCCAUAGCACUUUUGAUUAAAGAACUUAAUAGUGGGUUGCAAGCAUCAACAUCUCUCCAGCAACCAGAAAAAUUGGAAAAUAAUCUACAAACUGCCGAAGCUAUCGAAAAGACGCAUGAACUCCCAGAUAAUCCUAUCUCGACUUCUGAAGAAAGUCCAGCUAACGCACACUUGUCUGAAACUGAAGAAAGUCCAGCUAACGCACACUUGUCUGAAACUGAAGAAAGUCCAGCUAACGCACACUUGUCUGAAACUGAAGAAAGUCCAGCUAACACACACUUGCCCGAAACUGCCUCAGGUCUCCUCCGUUAUUAUGAGCUUUGGAACUGUCACUAUACAAAAUGGCCGAGCCUUAACGAGUUUUCCGACUAUUUACGUGAUGUUCCCAAAGAUCGUGUACAUCAUUCUUUUAAAAUGGAGGUUGGAGUUUUACGAAAAUUGUUUGCGAACGAACACCCUGCUCAGCUACGUCUUAUACAACUGGAAAGCCAACUGAAGAUGCGACAGUCAGCAAGAAUAAUUAAAAAAGCAACUAGAAACGCAACCAAACUGCUCGCCAAAAAAACGAGUGUAAAAAAAGAAUUGGAAAUUGUUGAGGAUUCUACGAUUAUCGGUGGAUAUCGUCGGAUUAAUAAACAUUACGACAGUUUUCACGAAGCAAGUACACAAUUAGUUAAGCGUAGGCUCUUAGCCGAUAAUGACCAUUCUGAUUCUAAUCACGAAGUAGAUGGUUCAAAAAGGUGUCGACAACAAUGA